CCGCAUCUUUUCCUCUACAAUAUACAGGAUCAAAGCCGGGGGUUUAUCGAGCAAUAAAUUGUCGCUAUCUCACUUCUCUCGAUCUUUUAACGUUAUCGAGUCUAUCCCAUUCCUUUUCCACCGCAACUGGAAGGCUAAAUCCCGCGCGUCUUCUCAUUUCGCACUGCCGCGCAAACCACUUCCUUCCCCAAACUUCUACACGCUCCGCGCGCCUUUGUUAGGCACAACCAUACCGUUUAAAGGUCUGGAGCUACUCCGCUAAAAGUUCUUGCCAUCAUGCCUGAGGUUAAGCGCACCGUCCGUCUUGUCACGGAGCAGCAUAUCAUUGACAAGCCUUCUGAGGUCGAGGGUUUCCCUCAGCGUUCAUGGUCAAUCGAGGUGUACGUGGUCAAUGACAAGGGAGAGCAGAUUCCCGCCACCCUCUUCGACAAGGUCACAUACCACCUUCACCCAAGUUUCGGCUCCCGCGCUGUGCAAACUUUCAAAAACCCGCCCUUCCGUAUCCAGGAGGAGGGAUGGGGUGAGUUUGAUAUGCAGAUCGAGCUUACCGCCGACAAAUCUCACUUCGUCAACCAUGACCUCAACUUCUUGCAAGAGCGAUACGAGUCCAAACACAUCAUUACUUUCAAGAACCCCAAGCCAGCUUUCUUAAACAUUCUGCGUGAAUCGGGCUCUGUUCCGGGUGACGAGAAUGGGUUGAAAAAGCGUAGCGCAGUUGGUGAGGAGAGUGCUAACAAGAAGAAGAAGCGCAAUGACAAGAACGUGGACAUGGAUAAACUUGCCGAGGGACUCCAGAAACUCGGCGAGGAUGACCUCUUGCAGGUUGUGCAGAUGGUGCACGACAACAAGUCAGCAGAUUCGUACACAAAGAACGACGUCGACAUGGGCGAGUUUCACGUGGACCUGUACACGCUCCCGGAUACUUUGAUCAAGAUGCUCUGGGAUUUCACCUCGGAGCGUGGGGCUAUGUAAGCCACAGCAUGGUUGUUUUUCUUCCUUGAUCUCACUUGCACUACUCGGCUUCUGUCAGUCCGGGAUAUCCCCUAUGCCCGUUUUAUUUUCCUUGUUUCCUUAUCUGCUGUGUCUUUUUGACGGGGAGUUAGCGGAUGCUCAUAUCAACCUGGCUGGUGCUUUCCUUGCA